CACACACACACAGGGGGAGUGGUUGGUUGUGAGUUAGUCAGUCACCCAGUCACUCCGGGCGGGUUUGACAGGCCGCUUUACCGCCAUUCUGAACGAAGACGGAGCACAACCAAAAUACACACACACACACACUUCCUCAGCAAUGUCGUCGCACUGAACUCGGUGUAGAACAAACUCAAGCUCUCGCCUCGCUGUGUGCGCGCGCGAGUCUGUUUGUUUGUUUGUUUGUUUGUUUGUUUGUGCAGGUGGUACGGAACCGGAGCGUUUCAGCGCGCGAGCUCACCGACUCUCAGAUUCUCUGCAACAUCACGAUUAUCGAGGAGUCCCGGUAAAAAAGUGAGGUCUCUUGUCCCGGGGCAUGAUGUCAGAUCCUGUGGAGAAGGAUGGGAAGGAGUUGAGUCCAGUGGACUUCAUCCAGCUGCAGCAGUACAUGGACUACUGCAGUUUGAAGGUGAUAGAUGUGCUGGGGGAAUUCGAUGCAGAUGGUCAGUUGGCUCAGUACAGACACGGAGAGUGCAUCGAUGAGGAAGGCUUCCGUCUCUUCCUGAAAACGUAUCUGGAGGUGGACGAGUUUCCUCAGGAUCUCUGCGAGCGGCUCUUCAACAGCUUCAAGACCUCCGACGAGGCCAGGGAGGUCUUCCUUAAAGACGUGUCCUGUUAUUUCUCCCUGCUGGAGGACGGGCAGCCUCGGGACAAACUGGAGUUCGCCUUUAAACUCUACGACCGAGACGGCAAUGGAGUCCUGGACAGUUCAGAAGUGGAUCGGAUUAUCACCCAGAUGAUGCAUGCAGCUGACUAUCUGGGCUGGGACGUGUCAGAACUCAGACCUGUGCUAAAGGACAUGAUGACGGCGAUCGACUCGGACAGCAGUGGAACCGUGUCUCUGGAAGAAUGGGUGGAAGGAGGAAUGAACAAUGUGCCUUUACUGGUCUUACUGGGGUUGAAGGUGACUCAGACGGAUGGACAGCACCUGUGGAGGAUGAAGCAUUUCAACAAGCCGGUGUACUGUAACGUGUGUCAGAGCAUGCUGCUGGGGCUGCGCAAACAGGGCCUCUGCUGCACAUGCUGCAAGUACACCGUCCACGGGCGCUGCGCCAACAGGAAUCCACCUCCAUGCACUCGCACCUACGUCAAAUCCAAGAAGGAGGCUGGGGUUUCAGCCCACGACUGGGUGAGUGGGAACUGUGAGUCUGGGAAGUGUGACAAGUGUCAGAAGAAGAUUAAGGGUGUGCAAGGAAAAAGCUGUGUGUGGUGCCAUACCGCGCGUCAUACCGAGUGCGCGAACCAGGAGCCUUCGGAGUGUAACCUCGGCCCACUGAGAGACCACAUUUUACCCCCGUGGGCCAUUUACCCCGUCUUUAAGGAGAGGCAGAACUGUGUGAAGAACGGAGCUACAGAUGACACUGAGUACUACACUACACCUGAUGGACAGGUACUGCAGGUAAUUCCAAUUGCUAACACUCAUCCACUUCUGGUGUUUGUGAACCCUAAAAGUGGAGGCAAGCAGGGUGAGAGAGUUCUGCGCAAAUUCCAGUUCUUGUUAAACCCUCGGCAGGUUUAUAACCUCAACAAUGGUGGACCAGGACCAGGGUUGAGCUUCUUCAGGGAUCUUCAGGACUACAGAAUAUUAGUGUGUGGAGGUGAUGGGACUGUGGGCUGGAUCCUCGACGCCAUAGAUAAGGCCAACCUGCCGGUGCGCCCCCCAGUGGCCGUGCUUCCUCUUGGCACAGGAAAUGACCUGGCGCGGUGUCUGCGAUGGGGAGGAGGUUACGACGGCGUGGACCUGAGCCGGAUCCUGAAGGAGCUGGAGUUCAGCACUCCGGUAAUGAUGGACCGCUGGAGUGUGGAGGUAGUGAUGGAGGACAGUCAGGAGAAAGGAGACCCCGUGCCUUACGAGAUCAUCAACAACUACUUCUCCAUCGGAGUGGACGCGUCGAUUGCCCACCGCUUUCACACCAUGCGUGAGAAACAUCCACAGAAGUUCAACAGCAGAAUGAAGAACAAGCUCUGGUACUUUGAGUUUGCCACCUCGGAGACCAUCUCAGCGUCCUGUAAGAAGCUGAAGGAGUGCCUCACCAUAGAGUGUUGUGGCAUUCAGCUGGACCUCAGUAACCUCUCCCUGGAAGGCAUCGCUGUGCUCAACAUCCCCAGCAUGCACGGCGGAUCUAACCUGUGGGGUGAAGCCAAAAAGAGUGACCGAGUGAACCAGGAGCUGCCCGAAGUGAUCGUAGAUCCGGAAGACUUAAAAGUCAGCCCUCAAGACAUGAGUGAUAAGCGUCUGGAGGUGGUGGGACUGGAGGGAGCCAUAGAAAUGGGACAAAUCUACACUGGGCUCAAGAGUGCUGUCCGACUCGCCAAGACCUCGCAGAUCACCAUCAGGACGAAGAAAGCCCUGCCCAUGCAGAUCGAUGGAGAGCCGUGGAUGCAGCCGCCGUGUACUAUAAAUAUCACACACAAGAACCAAGCCUGCAUGCUGAUGGCUCCACAAGCCAAAUCCUCCGGCUUCUUCAACCUAAAGUAGUGCACCUGCACCUGCACCUGCGUCUGCCUCUGCCUCAGCAACCUGUGGUCCAUAUAUAGCAAUUAUAUAUAUAUAUAUAUAUAUAUAUAUAUAUAUAUAUAUAUAUAUAUAUAUAUAUAUAUAUGGAUGCUGAAAUCAAUGUGGCCAAACUGUGUGUGUGCAUGUGUGUGUGUGCAUAUUGAAACGGAUUAUAUAUAAUAUAUAUAUAUAUAUAUAUACACACACACAUAUACAUAGAAUAUGAUGCUUCGUUUCGUAUUUAUAAACCUUCCUGUGGUCUGAGGAGCUUUCGAAACUGUCACUUACCUCAGUGCAUCAAGAAUGCAGUGUUAGUUUUACCUGAUCCCCGGCGUGCCAUUUAGCGUCCUUCACCAUAGCCAGAAGGUCCAGAUCACAGCAGCAGUUACCCUUACGGCAAGAUCCACCGCUUUCGUUUUCAGUGACCUACAUCUUCUACGGCUUUAGAAAAUACUAAUCACCAUUAACAUCAAGUUAUAAACCGGCUGUAUUAGUUGAGGUGUUAGGGUUUAGAGGGAAAAAUCCCAGCGUUGAUUAUGAAGAUUGCCAACGCAGCCUGUAACUGUGUUUACACCUGAAUAGUGCGGUGUAAUAUUUAGAUAACAUAUUAAUCAUUUUAAAGGAAUGAUUUGACACUUCACCUGGUUUACGCUCAAGUUAGCUCCUAAGAGAUGCUCGAUUCUGGCUCUUUAAACUGACCAUCCUGCUAGACUAUAUAGUACAUUUUAACAGCUCGAAGUUUAUUUUAAGUUUAUAACUUAACUGUGUUUCAAACUUCUCUCUUAAACAGAUAGAUAUCACACACACAAACACACACGAGAUACACACGCACAUGCUUUUAAGAGUAGAUUGCGAUAAGUCACAUGCCUUUUAAGAGCUUUCUCUUUCUCUAGCUUAUCUCUUGAGAAUGUAGAUCUUAUUGCUUGUAAAAUUGACUGAAUAAAUGUCACAAAAUGUUUAAUUAAA